AAACUUGACACAUUUUUGCUAUGUUAAAGAAACAAAUAUACAAAUCCUGAAAAGGUCAUAUGUGUAUGUCAAUCCAUAGCCAGUGUCUGGAGAAAAAUUGCAAAAAUUAUAUUUUUAUUUGUUAACCUGAACUAAAUGAGAUCCUUAUUCAACAAGCCUUCCGCAGACUUUGUUCAUUGCAUAAAAUGCAAUAUUCUUUUCUAUGCGUAACAUUUUAAAUGCACAAUAAAAUUCCUUAAAUUGCAUUUAAUUUCUAGAAAGAAGUUACUAUAUAUUCAGUCUUUUCUUAUUUUCUUUGUUUCCAAAAACCUCUCUUUAAACUGAGCAAGUAAAAAAACUAAAAUAAAAUAAUUAGCAUUAAAAAAAAAAGAAGAAAAAAACUACAAUUCUAUAUAAAAUAUUUUGAUAAAUGUUUUGCAUUUAAUGCAAUCUACGUCGCAGUCCACUCCCCAUUGGCAGGUAUUGAAGAUGCUUUCUGGUAAGAACAGUCUCAAACAAUUCUAUCAAAGCCACUGAGAGCAAGUGCAGACCGACAUCUUUCUCCAUAAGUGCCACAGAGGGUGCCACAACAAAGGUGUCUCGUAGCACUACCGAGAAAAAUAUGACAGUUCAGUAAAGCCAGCAGUCAAAUGGAAACCCAGAGUGAUUUCUUCUUGACAGAACCUGUUCAAAGCUGUAAAGGAAAUUGUAGGUAUAAUAAAAGCAGUUGAAUUGGAUACCAUAGAAUACAUAUAAUAAUUGCAUACCAAAUACUAAAUCAUACAAAUAGGCCUACUAAUAAAUCAUAUUUGUAACACUCUCUGAACACUGUAUUAGCUAUACAUAUAUUUAUGGAUAAAAAUGGCAGUAUAAGUGACGCGGAUAAAACAAUUUUGGCUUUUCCAAUUUUAUGGGAUUAUGUAAUGGAUAAAGAAAUGUAAUAAUGGGAGUAAUAACUGACAGUAUUUAUCUCUGAACAGCCCUGAAUGUGCUCUGUACAGGACACCCAGACUUAAAACUGUGGCAUGUAUAAUCUCAGAGAAUUUCACAAAAAUAUAAUGUACUCAUGUGCAACAGAACGCUUUCUAUACUGUCCACUGCUGAAAGUAAAUCAAUUUAACGUGGGGUAACAUGGGAAAUCUUCUAUCUAUAAUCGUUAUUCCCUCGCCUGUAGUACAAGAAAACUGAGACAAAGGCGACAUCUGCUGGAUUGGAUGCAAGCGACAUUUAAAGGUAAAGAACUUCAGUGCGCAACGCAGGGUGCGUAUCACAAAAAACCCAGGAGGUGAAUGACAGGACUGAUAAUGCGCUCGCUGUCGUUACAACUUUGAUUACGUGGCGCUUAUUCAGACAUCUUCCACACAUGGCAGAUCUCCUGGAGACUGGACAAUGAAACUUGUGCAUCUACACUAUAGAUGCAUGAACAAUUUUGCCUUUUGACACUUGCAGUGCUUAAACGAUAGAGGGGAUACAAUCAAACGCGUGUAAGAAAUAUAGUCUCCAGGGGUGGAAGGACUUUAAAAUAUAUGGUGAUAGGAUGCUAUUUAGUCACUAAAGCAUUGCUGAAAUCGCUCUAAGCUUCCAGGCGCCGAAGAGGAGGAGGAGGAUGGUUUUUGGAUUUGUGCCUCUUCAACAGAAGCAAGGCUUAUUUAAGAAGAAAGAUCAUGGUGGCUGUCAGAGGGAAGGAUUCGGGAUCCGAGCAGCUGAAGGAAGCCAGUGAGGAGAGCUACGAAGCGGCCACGGCUGAGGGCACACUCGGGAGUCUACUCCGCUGGGGUUAAAGAGUGCAGUGUGCACUACUUCCUGCCGCAGGUAGAGCUGUCACAGUGUGGUGUGGAGCUCUAGCUGUGUCAUAGGCUUGCCGUGUCCUUGCUGCGAGAGCUGCUCUGCUGGAUAUCGCAAUCGUUCUCACACGCACACGCAGAGGAAUCUAUAUCCCGCCAUCGGCAUGGAGAAGUGCUGUUCUGAGUGUUCAGAGCCCAGGAUGGCACAGAGCUUGUGCACCUUCUGCAACAAGUGGCUGUGUUUCCAGUGCACAGACUUGCAUCAGCAUGAGAGAAGCUCCACUCAAACCUUUGACCUGCAGCACCAGCCGCGAGACCCUCCAUCACCGUCUGAAAUAGGAGCCGGUUGCUGCGGGCAUGCAGUUGUCAUGUGUCCUCUCCAUAAACAGGAGCCUCUGGAACUCCUGUGUGAAACGUGCGACCUCUUGGCCUGUAACAUCUGUCACCUGUCCGCCCACAAAGACCAUCGACUGGUGCAUGUUGGGAAGGCUCUGCAAGACCAGCGCUGGCUCCUGCAGAACCUCAUGGCCCGAGUGGAGGAGAAGAGAUCUGGUGUGGAGAGCACCGCUAAACAGAUCCAGGGCAGGCUCCAUGGUAUAAAGAUCACGCAGAGGAAGGCAGAGAACCAGAUAAAAAUGGCUAAGAUGAUUAUGAUGAACGAGCUUAACAAACGGGCCAACCUAUUAAUAGAACAACUAGAGAGUAUUUCCAGUGAUUUCAAGCAGCGUCUGGAGGACCAGCUGCAGGGGGCCAUAGAGCUGUGCAGCCAGCUGGAGCACGUGAGGAACUUCAUUACCUGGGCUACAGCCCACCACAGACGCAAUCCACUGCUAUUCAGCAAAGAGCUGAUUGCUCUUCAGAUGCAGCAGUUAUUGGAGCCACUGAUGCUCUCAGAGGCUUGGACCCCGUUGAAAAUCAAGUUUAACUGGGAUGCCAGCUUCUGGACCAAGCAGAUGUCCACUUUAGGUCAACUUGUUGUUGAAGGUGGAAGUCGUCCAUACCCAGAGGUUGUGGGUCAUCCUAGUAUCCUGCGACCCCAGACUGUCCCAUGCAUAGCAAUGCCUCCUCUGUGCCAUGGGGUGCGGGAACCUGGCUGCGCCUGCCAGACCUUCUGCCAGCCCCCGCUCUGCUGUCUUCACUGCAGACCUACUCAAUCCGUCCCUUUGGAUAAAUUCCCUUCCCAGUGUCCUCAGGCCGCCAGGCAGAGCUCCCCGCCAUCUCUUCACAGCUGCUGGGAGGCUGAUGCAUCUCUCCCGGUGCAUCCACCUGGAGCUCACCCUGGAUCUGACCCCGUCCAGCAUGGAACCAGCUCUGCUUCACCUCGACAGCCUGUUGGAGCCAACAACCACCCGUUGCCUGAGCAGCUCCUUGCUAGUUCCAACCAGGCUGCCAUGAAUGGGAGAAACCCUGCACUAGGUCAGCCUCCCUGUGAAAGAGGGCAAACAUCUGCACCCCAAGCAGCUACAGGUCAUGAAGCAUCACCAAACAAAGAGCUGCCACACGUCCGUAAUCAGGCUCAAGUGCAGAUGACCACAGAAACCAGCAACCAGCCCAUGAUUGAACUGCAGCCUAUCGUUGCUCGCAUCAAUGACAACAGGAGAUCCUCGGUGCUGGAGAUGUUCACACGGGCUCAAGGCCGAGGAGAUGAUGGCCAGAAACGUUCCAGUUCAAAGAAGGCGACCAGGUCUCAGAGCACCUCAAAAGGACCCAGAGGACCUCGUAAAAGGCUCUGUAAAGACAGGCCAACCAGGGCUGAUCAGAGCCUGGCAACAGUGGCUGGGGACCAGGGAUGCACAACGCAGCAGCAGAUCUGUGCACGACUCGAUGCUUCUGAGAUGAUCAUAGGAAAUAUAAACAGUCACACUGCAUCCUCUCUGACCACCUACAAGUCUGAACCAGAUAAUGUAUAUGCAUAUGCCUAUGAAAACAGAAGGCUGAAACCCAGAAAGAGGAAAAGACUGACUCGAAAAGAUCCAGACACCAGUGAUAAAGAAGCCCCAGAUGGUUCGAAGGUUCCAGUUGUGUGUCUUGAGCGACUCAAGAUCCUAGUGUCACGACAUCCACCACAGAACCAUCAGAGCACAGACCUUUCUUCUCAAACAGAGCCUGGACUCAAACCUGAAGAAACUGUCUUCAGGGUGCUAGAGAGAAAGGUCACUUCUCAGGGAACUUUGGAUAAGGAGUCAGUUCAGACAGAGGACAGCAUGUCGCACAUAGAGCAGCUAUCACCAGAACAUCUGCCUAGCAGUGAAUCAUCUGGCUCACUUGACGUCUCUCAGCCUCCUGUUCAAGAAUUUUGCAACAUAAACCAAGAGUCCAGGGUACUAGCCAUCUCCAAUGAUUUAGACCCUAUCUUACAACCUGACACCGAAGAAAUAAACUCCCCAUCUGAGCUCAGAUCAGCGACAGGUUCUGAUUUCCAAACUGAAUCCACAAGAGAGGCUGAAGCAGAUGCAGAUGUGGAAUCGGAGCUCCUGCAGGAAUCAGAUCCGAGCACUGAAUCCGAACUGCAUGUCGAAUGUGAAUCGGAAUAUAUUUCAGAGCAUUCUCCUGAAUUGGUGCUCUCGGCUUCUGAACAGGAAUUUGAAUCGGAUCCAGAUUCCACGGCCGAAGUGACUCAAAAUCUUGAACCAGAGUCUGAAUGGGAAGCAGAGCAGCCGGUUCUUCCACCUACCGCCGGCUCCGAGACUGUAUCAGAUCCUGCCGUUGAACGUCAACCUGCAGAGGAAAGCCCUGAGAUAGAGAAUGAAGACUUCUGUGCGGUCUGUCUCAUUGGAGGAGACCUUCUCUGCUGUGACCGUUGCCCCAAAGUCUUUCACCUGUCAUGCCAUGUCCCUCCUCUCCAUAGUUUCCCCAUAGGCGACUGGAUUUGCACCCUGUGCAGGGAUGUGGAGCAGCCAGAGGUGGAAUCUAACUGUGAGAAUGACCAGAUGUCCACGGGUUCGCUGCCACCUGGGCUGUCGGCCUGUGACCAGAGGAAAUGCGAGAAGUUGACGCUGCUGAUCCUCAGCAACAUUCUCAGCGCUCCGUUCCACGAGCCUGUCAGCCCUCUGGCCCGUCAUUAUUAUCAGAUCAUCAAGAAACCCAUGGAUUUGUCCGUCAUUCGGAACAGGCUCAGCAGGACCAGCAACACACACUAUCGCUCCCCGCAAGAGUUUGUGGCUGAUGUCCUGCUCAUGUUCAAAAACUGUGCCAAGUUCAACUACCCGGACUCAGAGGUGGCUCAGGCAGGCCACAGUCUACAGUCCUUUUUCACAUCCAAACUGAGGGAGGUUUUCCCAGACCUGACCUGCCCUGUCCAGGAGGAAGAGGAGGACUCAGACAAUGAGGAUUAUGAGGAGCUGGAGAGAGCGAUGGCGACUGGAUUUCCCUGGCCCGAGAGAAAAGAGCAGAGCCACAGGAAGAGGAAGAGAAGGCACUCCCUCAACUGGAGGAGAACUCACUAUUAGUUGUGCCUCUAUAAAUAUGUACAGAGACUUUUGACCUACUCGCUCUGAGUUUUCCAUCCUGGGCGACUUGCUGUUUUUUUUAAAAGAUUCCUGUUGAAAUACAGUAUAUGCUUUUUUCUGAGGACUAAACUCACACAAUAUAACCAGUUGAUGUGUUCUGCUGUUAUCUGUAGCUGUGGAUAGGUGUUGAUAUAAGCCUAUAUCUCCAGACUUCGCCUUAGUUCUUGCACUUGUAUUUAUUCCUAUGCUUAUACUUACAUUAAAUUGCACAGUCAAUGUUGGUGGCUGGCAACUGCGACUUAGUAAAUCUAUAUAAACAACAUUAAUUGGUAAUUUGCUCUAAAUUACAUUCUUCUUUUUAUCCAAAUAUCUCUUAUAAUGAGGUACUUGUUUUACUGUGAUGGUUUUAUUGACCUGUAGAGGGAGCACUUCAUAUAGCCAGAGGCGACAUUAGUUCAUAUUGGACUUUUUCAGUGGCAGGAUGUGACUGAAACCCAUGAACCCUUUUAGAAUUGAAGAAGGAUAUUAUUAGGCGGUUGCUACACAACUGUGAUGUUUUAAAUUAACCUUUUAAAUGUUUAUUGACUAGUGAGACAUAUAUAUAAAAAUUCAGGCAGAUGGAACACUUUUUAGACCAGCGUGUUCCUCCAUGUGGUUCACAUACAGGGUUGAUAUUUGUAUGUCCUCUGACUUUUGUAAUACUGGUCUUAAUUGCAGAAAUUGCUGUGCAGAUCAUGUUAAGUCCUCUUUUAUUAAUGCUAUUUUACUAUCUUUAGCUGGAUUGUAUUUAAUCUUGAAAUAUAUAUAUGUGUGGUGUAAAUAUG